GGACUUUCUCCGCUAACUGCCGCUAGGUUUGAAUUUGAACUGAGGUGGAUUGUAACGGGUCAGCACCGGAGCGGAUUGUGGUCGGUAAAUGUAUGAUGGACAAUUCAAUAGAGAAAAAGUGUCAAGCGGCAGCAAAGAUCUCGCGUCUGCCUGUCCCACCCAGCAGAAAGCGGGCGUUAAGUGAUGAGAACCUGGAUCAGAUGACGAGGGUAAAGAGAGUGCAGGGGAAGCGAGCCAAGGCCUCCUCCCCGGAAGUGGAGCGGCCAGCGGUGCGAGUGGCAGCAAGUAUUGCCACUUCCAGACCACGUGUUGCCCCUGCGGCUGCCCUUCCAAAGCCUCAGGUCAUUGGGAGACAGUCCUUGGCUGUCAUCAGGCCAAAGAACAGAAUCGUAGGGGUAACCUCUGCAGCUCCCAUCAAACCCAAAGUGAACACUUCUGCAUCUGCAACAUCAGCCACUGCUGGCGAUAAGAAAAAACGGGCUGCCUGGGAUCUGAAAGGGCAGGUUAAUGACAUGAAAGACAAAGUCACAAACUAUAAGAGCAAAGUACAGAACCUGUCUGGGGAGAACACAAGACUUCUGAGCACCAAAGAUCAGUUACAGAGACAAGUGGAGUCGCUGUCUUCAGAGAAUGCUCGGCUCAGCGAGGAGCGCUGUUCUCUGGCAUCAAAGCUGCAGUCUGAGCAGAGGAAAGCGGCUGUCUCUGAAAAGGAGGUUACGCGGCUUUCUGAACUUUCGCGGCGACAGGAGGAGGAGCUGGCGGCUCAAAAACGCCUCAUAGAGGAGCUGCAGGCAGCUAACAAGAGCCUGACGCAACAAAUUAUGGACAAAGAGGUUAAACUGAUCUGUGUGCAAGGAGAGAACACCACACUCCGAGAUACAGUGAAGGCGCAGAGCGAGGAGAUCACUGCACUCAAACUAUCCAUUGAUCAGAGAGAUGCGCAGGUGCACACGCUGGAAACGGAGCGAAGACAUUUGCACAACAUGGUCCAGGAACUGAAGGGCAAUAUCCGUGUCUUCUGUAGAGUUCGUCCAACGCUAAACUCAGAGAAGAAUCAGACUGCCGGUCACAUUUGCUAUCCUAGUAAUGAUGAGAAGGGGAUUAUUUUAUCAAAACUGGAAGAGUCUCAUGUAGGACGGGAGAAGAAAGAAGCCGUGAAAUAUGAUUUUAACUUUGAUUGCAUCUUCCCUCCCUCUUGCACGCAAGAGACUGUGUUUGAGGAGAUAUCGUUGCUGGUCCAAUCAGCGCUGGAUGGUUACCCUGUGUGUAUAUUUGCAUAUGGCCAAACCGGUAGUGGAAAAACAUACACUAUGGAGGGACCAGACGAUGUCUCCCAUGAUACUAUGGGGAUGAUUCCCAGAGCUAUCAGGCAAAUCUUCCACAGUGCUGAGGAACUGAAGAUCAAAGGGUGGCAGUACAAGUUCACGGCCAGCUUCCUGGAGAUCUAUAACGAGUCGCUAAGAGACCUGCUGGUUCACCGUCCAGAUAAGAAGGUGGAAUAUGAGAUCCGUAAAGUGAACAGCUCAAGCAACCAAGUGUACGUCACCAACCUUCGCUACGUUGAAGUCUCCAGCGAGGAUGAGGUACAUGAACUCUUAAAGACCGCAAAAGCCAAUCGCUCUGUGGCCAAAACGGCCCUCAAUGACAGAUCAUCUCGAAGUCACAGUGUAUUCCAGCUAAAGAUAGAGGGCGAGAAUGUGACCCGAGAUGUCAGAACAUCGUCUGUUUUGAGUCUCAUUGACCUUGCUGGGAGUGAACGUCUAGACCGAUCUCUAUCCACUGGAGACCGACUGAAGGAGACCCAGUCUAUAAACACAUCUCUGUCCACUCUCGGCAUGGUCAUCACCUCUCUGUGUAACAAGGAAUCUCAUAUCCCGUACAGGAACAGCAAGCUGACGUACCUCCUGCAGAACAGUCUGGGAGGGAACGCAAAAGUGUUGAUGUUCGUUAAUAUCUCUCCACUGGAAGAAAACUUUACAGAGUCUGUGAAUUCCCUUCGAUUUGCCAGCAAGGUCAAUGAGUGCGUAAUUGGAACCGCACGCGCCAACCGCAAGUGACCCUCCCUCGGACUCCGAUUUUAGAGAUGAACACUUAAGUGCCGUCGCAAUCCUUAGCCGGCUGAUUGUGCCGGACCGUGUGUAUUGUAUACACACACAUUGAAAAAUAUUAUUCUAUUUUAGAAAUUGACCAGAACCCCUGUUUUAUGGUUUUCUUUUUUGCUUUUUUAAAAAAAAAAAAUAACCGUGAGGUUAGGAGUGAAAUUUUAGUAAUUAAAUUAUCGUAUAUCUACUGCCCAUUGUAUAUAAGAUCCCCAGUGAUGUAAAUAUUAAACCUCCUUUUUUAUAUAGCAUUUUCGGUUUUCCUUUAGCGCGUGUGUGAACCUCCCCUCCAUCAUGCUGUGUAAUUAUAAAGCGGUAUAAAUGGCCUGUCAACGUCCUCGUAUUCUGCGGACAUUCUCUGUGUAUUCUGCUUCCCUUCUGCAUGUGUGUUGUAAAUCCACUCCUCCUCCCUGUAAAUGUUUGCUUUAAUGCCGUGGGGGGGGGGAUAUUCAGUGGAAUGGAGGUACAGUGAAAUAUUGAGGGAGAAAUUGAUAUUAUUUUUUCUUUAAUAAACUACAGUGUUCUGUGUGUCUUUGUA